UUUUAACGAGAUGGAGGUGAAUGAGGAGCUGGCCAGCCUUCAUAGAGUGAAAAAAAAGAGUUGAUGCUUAUUUCUCUUUUCUCAUCUUUCUAAAUUUAGCUGGAGAGCUGCAGCGCCUUCAAUAGUCUAUUUGGAAAGACACAUAGACAGAAGCACAUAUAAUUAUUUAUUUUUAUUUUUUUGUUCAUUAUUUUUGAGUCGCUCCUGUUUAGGUGCUGUAACUCACUUCGCUGCCUGGCAAACAAACGCUUUAUGAAGCGCAGUCAGGUUUCUGAAAGGCGAGAGCGCAGCUUCGACUCGUUGCACUCAUUAUGGCUGUGGAGCAGCAGAGAGUGGCUGCAUGUGUGUGAUCCGACGGUGCUACACCAGGAUGUCUCAACAGCUCUUAUUUUGAAGUUGAUUUGAUUAACUUUCUAGGAGACUAUAAAUAGAAAAUGUAAUGCAAAAAAAGGUGUAGUUACAAUUUAAUUUAGCUUCACUUGCCUCUCAGUGCAGCUGGCAGUAACAGGCUAUAGAAGAAUCCUUCGAGCAUCAUCACUGUCGAUGCCACUGGACAUAUGAGCACUAUUGGGCGGUAGGUUAUAUUGCUCCGGUCAGUAGGUUUGUACACACAGUGGGUGGCAGGCACAAGUUGGAAAGCACCGAGAGGAGUUUGUCACACUUGCCCAUGUGAACAACACUUCAGAACCAAGGACAGAUCCAAACCGCUGCCUGGCAAACAUGCUCAAAGUGAGCAACAUCUGGACUCUGCUCGUCACAUGAAGCUCUUCGCGGUGUCUGUGUAUUGUCGCACGGGCUUGUGGAAAAGAGACUUGCAGAUAUAUCCGGCAAGAUACAUCUAUUGCUACAACCAGAGGAAAUGUUGCGCUCAGACAUCUGGGGAGUGAGUGACUCUCUCAGCUGCUGAGUGUGAGUGUGACAGCCGUUUCUACACCAAGAUAGUUUUAAUGAUGUGAUCGAGGCCCGAUAGGAGCUACUUUGCAACUCAGCAGAGGGAAAUAUCAAACAUGCUGCACCCACUGAGAGAAGACUUGAAAGUGAUCCGCCUCCAGACCCUGUGAACCUCUGCCCCUCUGUACUUCAACCAGCUGAACCCUGCUACCUGAUCCUGCCAUGCUGAGUGUAGUGCUCUGCCCCAGGUCAUUGGCCAAUUCUGCACAUUACUGGCCUCUCCACAUGCUCCUGCUGGAGCUGCUGGUACUAGGAGUCCUGCCCAGCAUCUCCAGAUUACCACCCGUGACCAAACGUGAGAUCAUCUUGGACGGGGACUUGGUGAUUGGAGGCCUGUUCCCGGUGCACCACAAAGGUGAUGGGAUGGAGGACUGUGGUAAGAUCAAUGAGGAGAGAGGGAUCCAGAGACUGGAAGCCAUGCUGCUGGCACUUGAUGAGAUUAACACCAGCGAUCGCGUUCUUCCCGGACUCCAGCUGGGUGCCCACAUCCUGGACACCUGCUCAAAGGACACAUAUGCUCUGGAGCAGUCUCUAGAUUUCGUCAGGGCCUCCCUCACCAAGGUGCAUGAUCCAGGCUUCAUCUGCCCAGACGGCUCCAGACCCAUCCAAAACGAGGUUCCACUGGCCAUCUCCGGGGUCAUUGGAGGAUCCUACAGUGACGUUUCCAUUCAGGUGGCCAACCUCCUGCGAUUGUUCCAGAUCCCUCAGAUCAGCUAUGCCUCCACCAGUUCAAAGCUCAGCGAUAAGACCCGCUACGACUACUUCGCCCGCACUGUGCCCCCUGACUUCUACCAGGCCAAGGCCAUGGCUGAGAUCCUGCGCUACUUCAACUGGACCUACGUGUCUACAGUGGCGUCAGAGGGCGACUAUGGUGAGACUGGCAUUGAUGCCUUCCACCAGGAGGCCCGCACUCGCCAGAUCUGCAUCGCCACUUCAGCCAAGGUGAGCCGCUCCAUGAACCUCCAGAGCUAUGAUAAUGUGAUCCGCUCUCUGCAGCAGAAGUCCAAUGCCAAGGUGGUCGUCCUGUUCACCCGCAGUGAAGACGCCCGUGAGUUGCUGGUGGCUGCUACUCGCAUGAAUGCCACCUUCACCUGGGUGGCCAGUGAUGGAUGGGGAGCGCAGGAGAGUGUGGUGAGAGGCAGUGAGACUGCAGCAGACAGGGCUUUCACCAUUGAGCUGGCCUCCUACCCAAUUAGAGAGUUUGAAGACUACUUCACCAAGCUGAACCCAUACACAAACACAAGGAACCCAUGGUUCAAAGAGUUCUGGGAGCACCGGUUUGGCUGUAGCCUCCAGGAACCUGGCUGCAGUGAACACAGCCUACGAGAUGGAACUUUUGAGCAGGAGUCCAAGAUCAUGUUUGUGGUAAAUGCAGUCUAUGCCAUGGCCUACGCUCUGCACAACAUGAGGCAAGCUGUGUGCUCCAACACAUCCAAGGUCUGUGAUGCCAUGAAACCAGGUAAUGGCAAAAGGUUCUACAAGGAGUUCAUCUUGAAGACCAAGUUUGAAGCUCCGUUCAGACCUGCAGACACGGAGAACAUGGUGCGCUUUGACUCUUUUGGCGACAGCAUCAGCCGCUACAACAUCUUUCAUUACCACAAAGAAGAAGGGAAGUUCAUCUACAAGAAGGUUGGCUACUGGGACCAAAACCUGACCCUGAACACCACCCUGGUGCCCUGGCGUGACCACGUACCACCCACCUCCCAGUGUAGCGACCCCUGCAGGAAGAACGAGGUGAAGAGUAUGCAGCCUGGAGACGUGUGCUGCUGGAUCUGUAUCCCCUGUCAGCCCUACCAGUAUCUGCAGGAUGAGUUCACCUGUGCUGACUGCAGCUUCGGUCAGUGGCCCCUGGCUAACUUGACUGGCUGCUAUGAUCUGCCUGAAGAAUACAUCCGCUGGGAGGAUGCCUGGGCCAUUGGGCCUGUCACCAUCUCCUGCCUUGGUAUACUGUGUACACUGUCAGUAGUGGGCCUAUUCUUCAAGCACAAUGAGACUCCUGUGGUUAAAGCAAGUGGACGUGAACUCUCUUACAUCCUCUUGUUGGGAGUGCUGAUGUGCUACCUCAUGACCUUCAUCUAUAUCGCCAAACCUUCCACUGCUGUUUGCACCCUACGCCGACUAGGCCUGGGCACCUCGUUCGCAGUGUGUUACUCAGCUCUUCUUACCAAGACCAACCGUAUUGCUCGUAUCUUCAGCGGGGUGAAGGAUGGAGCCCAGCGGCCACGCUUCAUCAGCCCCGCUUCCCAGGUAGCGAUCUGCGGCGCUCUUAUCUCCUGCCAGCUGCUAGUGGCUCUUAUCUGGCUGCUGGUGGAGGUGCCAGGGGUUCGGAAGGAGGUUAGCCCAGAGAGGAGAGACGUAGUCACCCUCAAGUGCAACAGCAAGGACUCCAGCAUGCUCAUGUCACUCACCUACAACUGCAUCCUCAUCAUCCUCUGCACUGUCUAUGCCUUCAAGACUCGAAAGUGCCCUGAAAACUUCAACGAGGCCAAGUUCAUUGGGUUUACCAUGUACACCACGUGCAUAAUCUGGCUCGCUUUCCAGCCCAUCUUCUAUGUCACUGCCAGUGACUACAGGGUGCAGACCACCACCAUGUGUAUCUCCGUCAGUCUGAGUGGUUCGGUGGUUCUCGGCUGCCUCUUCGCCCCCAAGAUUCACAUCAUCCUGUUUCAGCCCCAGAAAAAUGUGGCCUCACUCAGAGUCACAGCCAACCGCUUCAGUGCCACAGUGUCUGCUUCUGCCUCUGCUCCCAGCUCCAGCUACUCUAAAGGCUCAGCCUCUAACUACGUGCCAGCAGUUUGUAACGGCCGUGAGGUGGUGGACUCAACAACAUCCUCUUUGUGAAAAAGGUUCCUCUCUAAGCACAAGAGACCAUCCCCUCAUCAGUCAUCCCUCCAUUAAACAGGGCUGUGUAUGACGGAACCCCUAUGCCAUCCAACAUGCUGCAGAGAGAUAACUCUGUCUGGGUAGACUGACUGAAAGUGGCACGUGUAACUCUUAACUGUGAAAGCUAAAUGAUGUUCCCACGGCGAGCAGUAUGUAUCAAUUGUAAAGCCUUUUUGUAUAGAUUUAAUAUGCUGUGAUCUCCUUGGUUUACAGAUACUGUAGAUGUGAUUAAAUGCACCGUGCCUUGUCCUAAAGAGUCUUGUUGUCAUAUGGGUGCUUGUGAAGCAAUAGUGUUAUACAAAACAAAAGGCUGUUCGUAUGUCGUCCUUACAGUGCUGUGAAUAUAUCCAAAUGUUGUAGACAUUGACAAAAAAAAAUGCUAUGAAAUAAAUUUAGCCCUUCUGUUAAACAAAAUAUGUGACUAACCUUAGUGAAUGUGAUGAAAAGUAGGCAACUAGACAAUAUAAAGGACAUGUGUUAAUGUUGACUGGUAUAACUGUGUGCUUUCCUGUAAUUUAUGUAAAUAAAAUGUUUUUAAUUAUUAAAAGAUUAAAUAACGCCGUG